AAUAUAUUAUAGUUUAUUGUAGAAGAAAAGGUUGGGAAAGGGAAGGAAAGGAAAAGCAGAGCAACAUAGAACUUGUGAGGGAGAGAAUCUUGGCAUUUACUUCUUCUUCUUUUUGCUGGGUUUUUAGGUGCCGUGGUUUCUGGAUUUCUUUUCCGGUUUUAUGUAGAAAUGUGGGGGUUCCCAGCACAGCUUCGCCUCUCAAAGAUGGGUUUUCAGGGUGGAAGGUGGUGGGUUUGCAUGGUGGUUGAAGUCGUUUUUCUUGGGCUCUGAUGGGGGUUUCCUCCCAACAGGUUGGAAUUGGGCAUUGACCAGUUCCUGGCUUCCCUACUAAAAGAAACAUGAAAUCAGGAUCCAAAAAGGGCUGGAAAUCCAUCAUGCCUCUUCGUCUGAAAGGGAAAGCAGCCACUCGUUUUUGCAUGUUCCCAAAAGUGAAGUCAGCAAGCUUUGGUCCGGGAAACACCCCUGUUUAUCUCAAUGUGUAUGACUUGACACCCAUGAAUGGAUAUGUCUAUUGGGCAGGCCUUGGGAUUUUUCACUCUGGCGUGGAAGUUCAUGGUGUAGAAUAUGCCUUUGGAGCCCACGACUACCCAACAAGCGGUGUCUUUGAGGUUGAGCCUCGGCAGUGCCCUGGCUUCAAGUUUAGGAAGUCAAUAUUCAUUGGUACGACAUGCUUGAAUUUCAAUCAGGUUAGGGAGUUCAUGGAGCAGCACUCGGCCAACUACAAUGGUGACACUUAUCACUUGAUUGUUAAGAAUUGCAACCAUUUUUGCAAAGAUAUCUGUUACAAGCUGACAGGGAAUAAAAUCCCCAAAUGGAUAAAUCGACUUGCAAGAAUAGGGUCACUCUGCAACUGCAUACUCCCUGAGGCCCUUAAGGUAUCUGCUGUACCUCAUGACCCUACUUAUGAAGGAUAUGACAGUGAGAAGAGAAGACUGAGAAGUCCCUUUUGUUGCUUGUCUUCAAUCUCAAUGCGGCAGAAGCAGUUAUCCAUAUCUUCAUUGUUUAUACCAUCACCCUUUAGAGGGUGUCUGCCGUCAUGGGAAUUGAGAAGGUCCAACAACUCAUUGAAAGAAAGGUGAGGAAGCAUGUUCUCUCGUAUUCUGCAGCCGAAGAGGAUGUUGACCAUCUUUCCUGUAAGAAUUGUGGGAGAGUUUCCAGGGUCUUCUGUCAUUCAAUGUGGUGCUCAAGAUCCUUGAGGUUUAAGAAACAUUUGAAAAGGAUGUUGUUUUGUAUUUCAAUACUUAAAUUGGUCUUCUCUUUGUUACUACUGCCUUACCCUAAAUUUGUUUAGUGAUUUGCCUUG